AUGGGAGCCGACGGAGGAACAAUUCCGAAGAGGUGCGAGUUGGUGAAGAAGAAGAAAAAGGCCGAGAAGGUGGAAAGAGAUGUUGCCAAUGCUGCUAAAUGGAAGAGCUGUCAACUCUCGAACGAACCUUUGAAGAAACCAGUGGUUGCUUGUCGUUAUGGCCGGUAUGUUUGUGCUUUAUUUUGAUUUAUCUUGAUUUAGACAUCUGGAAUUGCGGAAAGAAAUAUUUUAAUUUCUUUGGAUAUUGAUUUUGUAUUUUUGUAGAUUGUUCAACAAGGAAGCCAUCUUGGAGGCUAUGUUGGAAAAGAAGCUCGGCCAGAACGAGGUUACUAAGCACAUCAAGAACCGAAAUGAUUUCAAGGAGCUGAAGUUGACCGAUAACAAGGAUUUUAAGGAUGGGCCAGACAGAGUAAGUUUUUAUCUUUUUGGUUUUCGAUUUUAGGUGGCACAACGGGAAUUUUUGACUAUAAAGAGAUCAGUACUGACGUUAAUUGUUCCCUGUAUUAAUAAGUUUAUUCUUUAGGGAAUGGUCUACAAAGAUCAUAAUGAUACCCAAUGGAUUUGCCCUGUAACUGCCCUCCCAAUGAACGGAAUCAAUGUGUUCAAGGUGAAUUGGAUUUGCGGGUGUGUUGUUUCCGAAAAGGCUAUGAUUGAAUCUAAAUCUGAGACUUGUUUGGGAUGUGACGGACCAGUGGAUAACGAUAAAUUGGUCCAACUUUAUCCUUCAGAAGAUGUCUUGGAACAAUAUAAACAGAAGCAUGCCGAAGAGAUUGCCGCUAAGAAGGCCAAGAAAGCCGAGAAGACGAAGGGUAAGAAGGAUUUUUCAAUAGAUUUUUUCUUAAUUUUAGAGAAGGAAUCCGCCGUUGAGGCUUCGACCUCCCUUCCUGAGGAGGAACCCUCCGACUUGAUUGCUUUCAAGAUGCCCGGAGGUGUUAAGUCAACCAAUCACAACAAGUUUAAGCCAUCGGCGACUGCUGGAGUCUCGGAAAUUAAUGAGCGAAAAAGGAAAUUGCUGUUGUCAAAGGGCUCAAUCCAAGACGAUCCUAAUGUCUCCAAGGCCGUGAAAUCGUUGUUCACAACCAGUGAAGAAGCGAAGAAGCAGAAGACCGCACAUUGGGUUACCCAUAAUCCUUUAUACUUUUGA